AUGCCCACGUGGACGCUGUGCUUGGGCAGCAGGACGAGCUUGAUCUCCAUGGCCGGCAUCCGCUACGAGGGCACCCUGAGCGGGGUCAACUCGGACGACUGCACCGUCGCCUUGGCCAAAGUGCGUGUGUGCGGCACGGAGGGUCGCCCCGCCGAGCGAGCCGUCGCCCCUCGCGAGGAGAUCUACGACUACAUCAUCUUCCGUGCCAGCGAGAUCAAGGACCUGGCGGCGUUGGGGUGCCCGCUCUCCGCUCUGCACCCCCACCUGGCCGUCGUGCAGUCCUCCUCGUCACGGGGCGCCCGCCCCCUGCGGGACACGCAGCGCGGAGCCCGCCGGCUCGUGCGGGACACGGCGGACGGGCGGCGGCCUGCACACGGAGGAGCCACAGCCGCGAGGAAGAGCGCCACGGUGGAGCGGGGGGUGCAGACGUCCCCCCAGCGUCAGCAGCGACGGUGUCAGAGCACGAAGCGGAUUGCCGCCCAGACUCCCCGUGGGGCCCCGGAGCCGUGCGUUGAGUUGGACGCGGAGUUUGACUUUGCGAGCGCCAACGCUCGGCUGGACCGUGCGGCGCUGGAUAGGGAGUUCCGGGGCAGGGAGGCCAAGCGGAGAGAAGCGGACAAGCUGAGGGGUCCCCGCACGAGCUCCCCCGUCUUCCUGGACGGCUGCUUCUACGACAAAACCAGGAGCUUCUUUGACAACAUUUCCAGGAACUGCCGCGUGACGUUGGCGGAGCAGUGGCGCCUGAACGUGGCGACGUUCGGGGCGGACCUCUCCAUGUCGCUCGCUCGCCGCUCCCGCCGAUGCGGGGCCCUGUGGGGGGGGGACGGGCGGCCGUGCGCGCCCAAAGCCGCCGGGAAGGGUGCGACGGACCUCGCUGUGAAUCCCAACAAGCGCCGAGUGAACGUUGCCUAG